AUGGAGUUGAAGCCGGAGGAGAGUUCGGUCAUGAUCUGUUGGGUGAUGACUGUUGAUCCGAUAGCAGCUAGCGCAGCUAGACACGCCACAAAGCCAAUGGAGUUGAAGCCGGAGGAGAGUUCGGUCAUGAUCUGUUGGGUGAUGACUGUUGAUCCGAUAGAGGGCGACAUCUUCAAAGUGGAAGAGGCCACAAAGCCAAUGGAGUUGAAGCCGGAGGAGGGCGACAUCUUCAAAGUGGAAGAGGCCACAAAGCCAAUGGAGUUGAAGCCGGAGGAGGGCGACAUCUUCAAAGUGGAAGAGGCCACAAAGCCAAUGGAGUUGAAGCCGGAGGAGGGCGACAUCUUCAAAGUGGAAGAGGCCACAAAGCCAAUGGAGUUGAAGCCGGAGGAGGGCGACAUCUUCAAAGUGGAAGAGGCCACAAAGCCAAUGGAGUUGAAGCCGGAGGAGGGCGACAUCUUCAAAGUGGAAGAGGCCACAAAGCCAAUGGAGUUGAAGCCGGAGGAGGGCGACAUCUUCAAAGUGGAAGAGGCCACAAAGCCAAUGGAGUUGAAGCCGGAGGAGGGCGACAUCUUUAAAGUGGAAGAGGAGGGCGACAUCUUCAAAGUGGAAGAGGCCACAAAGCCAAUGGAGUUGAAGCCGGAGGAGGGCGACAUCUUCAAAGUGGAAGAGGCCACAAAGCCAAUGGAGUUGAAGCCGGAGGAGGGCGACAUCUUCAAAGUGGAAGAGGCCACAAAGCCAAUGGAGUUGAAGCCGGAGGAGGGCGACAUCUUCAAAGUGGAAGAGGCCACCAAGCCAAUGGAGUUGAAGCCGGAGGAGGGCGACAUCUUCAAAGUGGAAGAGGCCACAAAGCCAAUGGAGUUGAAGCCGGAGGAGGGCGACAUCUUCAAAGUGGAAGAGGCCCCAAAGCCAAUGGAGUUGAAGCCGGAGGAGGGUGACAUCUUCAAACUGGAAGAGGCUUCAAAACCAGAAGAGGAGAAGAAGCCAGAGGAGGGCGACAUCUUCCAAUUUGAAGAGGCUUCAAAACCAGAAGAGAAGAAGAAGCCAGAGGAGGGCGACAUCUUCCAAUUUGAAGAGGCUUCAAAACCAGAAGAGAAGAAGAAGCCAGAGGAAAGCGAAGCCUCCCAACAGGAAGAGGCUUCAAUUCCAGAGGAGCAGAAGCCGGAGGUAGCGCCCGAGAUCGUGCAGAUUUUUGCCGGUGCAGCCUCUCCUAGCGAUGGUUGGAACGAUGACUUUGGAUUCUCUGACGAGGAGAAACAUACCAAGCCGGAGGCGCCAAAGCCUGAAGAGAAGAAGCCGGAGGAGAAUGAAUUCUUUGAAGCCGAAGAGGAGAACAACAGCUUCUCACCAGAAGAGGCCUCAAAGCCAGAAGAGGAACAGAAGCCGGAGGAGAACGACAGCUUCUCACCAGAAGAGGCCUCAAAGCCAGAAGAGGAACAGAAGCCGGAGGAGAACGACAGCUUCUCACCAGAAGAGGCCUCAAAGCCAGAAGAGGAACAGAAGCCGGAGGAGAACGACAGCUUCUCACCAGAAGAGGCCUCAAAGCCAGAAGAGGAACAGAAGCCGGAGGAAUUGCCAAAGCCUGAAGAGAAGAAACAGGAGGACACAGAGGGCACCAACAUGAAGCUCCUGGAUAUGGAGUCCAGGCUGGCGCAAUCGGAGGCUGCCAAGAACCAAAUACAGCAGGAAGAGCAAAUGAAGAACAACGCGCUCCAAGCCAAACUGUCCGAGAUGGAAUCAAAGCUGGCGCAAGUACAACAGGAAGAGCAAAUGAAGAACAACGCGCUCCAAGCCAAACUGUCCGAGAUGGAAUCAAAGCUGGCGCAAGUACUGCAGGAAGAGCAAAUGAAGAACAACGCGCUCCAAGCCAAACUGUCCGAGAUGGAAUCAAAGCUGGCGCAAGUACUGCAGGAGGGAAGGCCACAGGAGAACAACGAGCUGCAAACCAAACUGUCCGAGAUGGAAUCAAAGCUAUCACAAUUGGAGGCCGCCAAGAACCAAGCGCUGCAGGAAGAACAAAUGAAGAACAAGGAGCUCCAAGCCAGACUCUUUGAGAUGGAAUCAAGGUUCGCUGCUGGAGCCAUGGGAACGCAGGACGCUCCGGCCUUUGCGCCAACGCCGGCGCCCAUCGAGGAGGGAGCAGCCACAGGUGUCGGCAAGGCUGGAGCCAUUCGCGAUUUGAUGGCCCAUUUGAUAAAGAGUCAGCACGACGUGGCCACCUGUUCUAAGGCCGGCCAGAUGACGAAGCCGGAGCCUCUGCCAGUCUUUAAGGGGAAGACGUUUUGGGAGAUCUUGCAUGAUCAUCCUGACUACUUUGCAUGGACACAGAAGAACGCCAAGAGUCCAGGAGCCUCAGAGUAUGCCGAGUGGGUGAACCAAAACUUUGAGUCUCCAAGUGGCUACAGCUCGUCAAGCGCAGAUCACAUCGAAGGUGCCGUGAACAACUGCCUGAGGGGACUGGGCAGAUCCCGAUGCCUUGUGGUCACUUCAGGUGCUCGUUGGACAGGUCGACAGCCAAGCUUCCCUGGUGCUAAGGUUCUUCAGAUUGACUGCAGGCAUUUCCAUGAUCCUGACAGCGACAGAUCGAUCCGAGGUUGCACUGGACGACAUCCUAGCAUUAUCCGAGGAGUUGCACUUCAUGAGGCAAUGAAUGACCUCGUUGAGCAGGUGACAGAUUUCUUGAGGGCUAACCCGAAUGGGAAGCUCGUGAUCCACUUGUACUGCACCAGUGGUCGUCAUCGCAGUGUUGGAUUGGCAGCUUUGAUCUACUACUUCUUGGACGUGACUGAUUGGAGGAAGCCUUUGCUGAUCCAUUAUCACAGCCCGGAGUGGCGUGAGAUGACUUGUGGAGGUCAUUGCAGUCUUUGUGCAACAGCCGACACCAGAGAGCUUGGAAACUUGAUGAACAGGCAUCUUCCUGACGUGCGUGUUGUGGAUGUGGAUGAACCUGAUAGGGCCUACUACAACGGCGACGAGAUCUAUCCCCACGUUGACACCAUCCAGGACUGUGCCAGUUCCAGUCCGUGUAUGUUCCAGCAUAUCCACCUCCAAGCCGUAGUGCUGGAGACUCAUCUCGUGGAGGAGCACAUCACGAAGGAGACGAACGAGGCCGUGAUUAUGGAGGACAAGACCGACCAGAAGAAGAUCCUCUUCGAGCGGCAGGCGUGGUCGGCGAUCUCGAAGCAGCCACCGAUUCGACGCCCAUGUGAUGAGUCUCAGCGUCAGCGACUUGAGAGGGAACCCCGCGACAUCUUGAACGACAACAGCGGAGACCCAUAUUGCUGGAAUGUCGAUGAAGACAUCCUUUCUUGGAUCAUCUCUUCUGCAAAACUGUGGGGAAACAGAGAUCGGGUGAUCUGGAUUACAGACCCCAGCCUUCCUCAUGAGGAGCAGCAGCAGCAAGGCAUCAGGGUGGACAUCAAGCUCAGAUCCCACGUGAGGAGCACUUUGAUUUCAGGUGGCAAAUGGAUGAAUCGACAGGGUUGGGUGAAAUCGUCAUUCUAUCGACCACGUGAUUCCGCAGGAACAUUGUGGAACAGACUUCAACGGGAAGAAGCUGUUGGAGAGAACGUCGAUCUCCCGACUACUUGGGCCGAUUUGGUGAUCUUCUCACAUCGAGACGUGCGCCCGCGAGCAUAUACGGGGCGCGUGGUUUUGUUGUCAGGUGAUCAGGGUUUUGAGGGCAGUAUCGCACCAAAAACGGAGCCCCAAAACGCACCAAAAACGGAGCCCCAAAACGCACCAAAAACGGAGCCCCAAAAGAGCCAGAAAUAUGUCCCCAAAACAAAAGUCCAUUUGCAGAGUCGAAAGAAUCCUCCAACUCCACCACAGCCAAGUCGGUUUAUGAUUUGUACAGAUGAUGACAUGUUCAAGGGAAACCCCAAGAUUCAGACCCCGAAAGAUGAGUCAACCGACUAUAGCACAAGUUCAUCCGAUGAGAGCCCUGUUGCCAAACCUGUGAAAAGCAAAUCCUCCAAUGGAAAGCCUUGUCAUGAGAAAACCCCCAAGGAUGAAGUGAUCAUCAAAACCGAACCCGGUGAUGUACUGCCAGUUGGACUCAUGGCCAGAGAUCCAGAUGGUCCCAACAUGCAUGAAGUUGUUCUGGACUCUAUUCCCAAAGUGACGGAUAUGAGCCAUCCGUAUUCGAGGAGCCACUUUGAGCGAGCCCGAAAUGCGGCCGCACAAUGGUCCGUAGAACAAGUCGAACAGUCCACAGCCAUGUUCACAUGUUUUAUGGCAGGGAAAGAUGAGAUUGUAGAAGAAGGCAAGAAGGUAACGUCCCGCCACCGAGAUUUGGAGAUCAUGCAGGGUCAGCUGAAGAUGGCCGCGAUGAAAUCCAUGAAACGCGCUGGGAGCCGCCGGGGUGCUGAGGACAUGAAUCGAACGUCUGGAAGAUCUGGGAAAGCUCAAUCUAUGGAGGACGAGGCUGCGAAGGAAGCGACGCAACGACGCAAGAGCAUCCGGCAGAGCGUACGCUCCGAGAUCAGUCAGGCUGUCACUAGAAGCAAGGGAAACAAGAAGACGCUCUUUGCCCAUGCUCAUGAUGAGUCAAACCAACUCCGGGAGUACGCGAGAAACCUUCAUAACCAGAAGGCCAGUCAAAUCGAACUCUCUGGAGGAUCCGUUGGUGAGACAAACCCCAUUCGCAGCCGGCUGCGGAGCAUCGUGAGCUCCAUAGCCUUUGAGGCCAUCGCCGGCUGCAUCAUCAUCACCAAUGCCGUCAUCAUCGGUUUGGAGGUGGAACACAUGGCGGUGAACCGUGCGUAUCGAUCACCGGACUGGUUCCAGACUCUGCACCUGCUGUAUGCCAUUGUGUUUGCCGUGGAAUUUGCCUUGAGGCUCACUGCGUAUGGCUGGGAUCUCUAUAACGAUUCUGACUUGUUUCGAUGGGCAUGUCUCGAUUGCUUUAUCGUGGUCUCAUCCUUCAUAGACUUGGCCUUGGCCUUUGAGAUGCGCGCCAAAGAGCAGGAGUUGAGUGGGAGUUCAUCCUCUGGCAUGUCAGCCAUCCGUGUGAUGCGAGUGCUGCGCAUCAGCCGACUGAUUCGGGUCACGCGCAUCGCCAAGUUGAUGAUGUGGUUAAAGGCGUUGCGUACCCUGAUCCAUUCCAUCUUUGUCACAUUGAAAUCCUUGGUCUGGGCUUUGGUGUUGCUGGCACUCAUCAUGUAUGUCUUUGCGAUCAUGUUGUCCUCUGCGGCCAUUGAUCGAUUAGUGGACCUGCAGGAUCUGCCAAGAGACGCCUGGUCCGCCAGCGAUCUGGCGCUUGAGGGUUUCUGGGGUUCGAUGGGCGAUGCAGUGUCCACACUCUUCAUGUCCAUCACCGGUGGCAUCUCCUGGCAGAUUGCUGAGACGCCCUUGAUGGGCUUGUCCUUGGCCUGGAAGGUGGUCUUCAUGUUGUACAUCUCAUUCACCAUGUUCGCAGUCUUGAAUGUGAUGACAGGCGUUUUCUGCCAGUCAGCCAUAGAGAGUGCUGCGAGGGAUCACGACAUGGCAAUGCAAAAUGUGAUGUCCGACAAGGAGGCCUUCACCAGGAAAUUCCUGCACCUUUUUCACAUGCUUGACCAGGACGACACAGGUCUCAUUACCCUGGUGGAGUUGGAGGAACGGAUGGAGGACGUGGAUGUGAAGACCUACUUCGAAGCCUUGGAGUUGAGUAUCGACGAUGUUUGGACGUUCUUCCGCCUUCUGGAUGGCGAUGAUGGUCAGGAAAUCGACGUGGAAGAGUUCAUAUACGGCUGCAUGCGUCUGCGCGGCGAAGCCAAAGCGUUGGAUCUGGCGAAGUUAAUGCAUUCCCAUGCCUGGCUUGCGAAGCAACAGGUAGACUUUAUGAUGUUCUGCGAAGAGAAGUUUGUUCAACUGCAAUACUACUUGGCCGAAGGUCGAUCCUCCACAUCAGGUGGACGCCUCUGACCAGGUGAAGCUGCGGCCUGGAAUUGCUGAUAAUGUGACCAUUGCGCUUCAGCUGGGGACGAGUCACUCUGUUCCUUGUAAGUCUUACCUGACCUGAAC